AUAUUUAUACCCCACAAUGAUUUAAUCCCUACAACAUUUAAGAACUACCAGAAGGUUGCAAAGUGCCUCCUUACUAUUUAAUAAAGAGAAUACUUGUUCCGUAUCUAGAGCUAUCCCAUUUUCCCUAUCUUCUCUAAAUACUUCUCUCUGUGCUUAAUAAUGCUGCAGUCUUCUUGAUUUAAAUUUGAUAGCAUAUUUGAUGUGAAGGAGAAAUAAAUGAUUAAAGUCAUUUGGUAAUAUUUGUACAAUGAAGCUCAUGCAUCCCCAUGGUGACACUAUGUUGUCAGAAUAUGAUGCAAAUGGUGAUGUCAUAAACCCCUAGAACAGACUGAACCACAUGAAAUACAGUAGUUUCCUUGGCAGAAGAAACAUUUGAAUGAAGCUCUGGACAUGAAUCUUUUUAUUUUUGUCUUACUGUUGUCCAUUUGGACAAAUAGUUGUUUAAAUACAAACCAAAGUGAUGGAUCUUCUACGACAGGAGCUAAGCACCCUGAAUCAACGGAGACCAAAAUGGACAACUUUAGGAAACAUCUACUCAUUAUCACAAUUAGUGUUAUGAUCAUAACUUAUGCCUUUACCUGUAUUUGUUUUAUCUAUUACUAUUUUACGAACGACAAUGCCCCUAAAGCAGGAAGGGUCAAGAAAAAAGGUGUAGCAGCCAAGUCAUCUAGGUCAUCCAAAUUAUCAUUCCGUGAAUCCAAGACAGCCAGUCCAUGCAGCGCAGAAAAACAACCCAUGCUACCCAGUACAGAAAACUUAUCUGGGCCCUCAAGUCUAAAAAAGUCAUCCAUGCUAUCCAGUGCAGAAAAGCCAAUCAGGACCUCGAGUCCAGAAAGGUCAUCCAUGUCAUCUAGUGCAGAAACGUUAAUCAGGCCAUCAAGUCGACGAAAGUCAUCUAAGUCAUCAAGUACAGGACACAUAUUCAGGCCACCUCCCCUGAAAAAGUCAUGUAGAACAUGCCAUCCAGAAAAGUCACAUAAGCUAGCUCACGCCCAUAAGCUAGUCAGUCAAGUCGGUUCAUCCUAUCCAAAUAAGGCAGUCAGGCCACCUUUUCCAGCCAGUCUACAAUGCACAGUCAGGCCAGCCAAGCCACCUUGUCUAUCCCAUCCACAAAAUGAAAUCUUGCCACCCAAGCCAUUUGGUUUACAGAAAGUGACCAAGUGUCCCAGAUAUCCUAAUCUAAAAAGGUCAGGUAGUACAGGUAGAGCAGACAUAUUAUCUAGGCCUCAACUAGUCAAGCCUUUUCAAUGGUAUAAGGAAAAACGCCUUGUUUGUGGAACUUUUUCUGAGCCUUUGGUCAAUGAUAUUUCUGAGGCAAAGGAGAAAAUUGCUCAAAAUACACCUUUUCCAAGAGAAGUGAAGCCUUUUUCCAAGUCCUUUCAUAAGGUAGAUUCCAGAGACAAUGCAUUCUGUGACAGUGUGAGUGACAGUGAUAGGAUGACGGAUGACAGAGAUGACAGUGAGAGGGAGAUAACCAUUAUUUGCAACAUAGCACAAUGAAGUCAUCUCUAAAGGCACCCAAAAUAAUUAAGGGCUCAAUAAAAAUAAAAACCACCUGUGAAGAAGCAAACUUAUACCAACUAUUUUAUGCUCACCAUCCUUUAAGACAAUGAUAGAAGGAAAAUCCACUUGCGAUCACUAUUGAGAUUAGUCCUAUCCAUCUUGGAGGCAAUUUAUUUGAAAAACAGUAAUUAAAUGCAUGACAUAACAAAUGAUUUUAUUGUAAUUAUUAUGGCAUUUUAGAGGCAUAAGACUCUUUUGAUGUAUCUUACUUAGUUCCGAUCACUUGGACAGGAACCAUAAACACAUAUGCACACACAAAUCUAGAAAGGAUUGCAAUAUGGGUACCGUGCUCUCCUCCUUCCCUUGGAUCAGCCUUCAAUUGAAGUCCCAACCCAAUUAAAUUUAUUUUUUAAUGUUUACAUACAAUCCUCACUGUUUAAGACUGUCUUUCUGUAGUACCCAGUGCUAGGUGGAAAUGGCUCUGUGUGCUUGGUUCUGGCUGAGUUGGAGAAACUCCUGAUAGUCAUUUCUAACACCACUGCCUCCUACGAUUGCUACCUAAAGUGAGGGUCCAGCCUCUAGCACCCACACCUGGAGCUCCAUGAUAUUAGUCUAAGUGUUCUAGUCUUCGUAACUCUCAACAAGGCUUUUCGUUCUUUUUGUUACCCUUCAAAAUGGUAAAAGAGUUUGCCCUGUUGUCCAUUCUCAAAAUGUCCCAGUUGGAGGUCGGAUCAUCUACUCAUUUUCCCCACAUGGUACAUCCCUACUCUGAAUCGGCAGGGUGGGAGGCCACGGGAGAACCCUGGAGUUAUAUGUUCUAACUUCCCCACUGAAGAGACAUUGCCUUUGCUUGCUUCUAAGGACAUGGUUGAGAAAAGCAGGCAAAGUCCUGGAUUCCCAGACUAUAUUCUAGUACAGUGAAGGUAGUCCCCUAUAACAUCUAGCAGGCAUAAGUUAAAUGUGAAUAGCUAGCGUGUAUUGAAUGUGUACUGUUUGUCAGGCAUUGUACUAGUCCCUUUAUGUCUUACAGGUCCAAAGGCCACCAAGUUUGUUGAUUCACUAAAAGGACUCACAAGACUCAAUAGCAGGUUAUACUCGGGGCUAAAGUUUAUUAGAGCAAAAAUAUACAGACCAAGAGCAACAGGAAAAAGAUAUGUAUCAGGAGGAAACCAGAUAGGUCAGGCACACACUUUCGAGUACUUCUCCACCUAGGGCCACCCAGGACAUGAUUUCUUUCUAGCAACAAACUAGAGGGGCAUGUGCAGAAUGUCUCUACCCACAGAAGCCUGUUCAAGUCUCUGGGUCUGAGGCUUUUAUUGAGAACUUGUCACAUAGCUCUAUCAUGCUACACGACCAGCCAUGGCACCUGAAACUCGGGAUGUGAACAAUGAAAACAGAUAUACAUCAUCAAUGUUGAUGUUUGUGCAAAGCAAUCCUGACAAGCUGAUAUGGCAUGGUCCAUCGCUCCAGGUGUACAAAACAUAACCACCAACUAUUUUCAUAGGAACAUUCUGAGGGCCACAUUCCCAGGGGUGGGCCAAUGGCCAAUCACGGUUCCAAGUUCCCUUGAAGACACACAAGGACUAAACAAUCAGACCUGCUGUGUUAACCCUUUCCUCACACUUCACAUAAUCUAUUUAAUCCCCAACAGUCCCUCAUUAUACGGAGGGUUAUAUGAGUUAACUGAGGCUCUGUAACAUACAGUAAGAUCACACUAGUAAUUGAUUGAAUCGAGAUAUGAAUCCAUGAUUGGCUUAUGCUCAACUUUCAUUAUCCUGUACUGCCUUCUUUCUACCAGCUUCUAAAGCGCUUGUUUAUUCACAGACCAUUCAAUCCAUUGAUAUGAACAAAAUCCCUACUUAACUUUUAAUCAGUCUGUGCCAUUCUCCCAACCUACCAGGGGCAUAUAAAGAUAUCAGAUGUUCAUUCAGAUCUGACUCCUUCAGGGCCUCUGCCUCUAUUGGUGGUCCCCUAGUGGGGUCUGUAUCCAUAAGGUCAUCAUAAAAUUCACAGAUGGCCCCAAGUAGCUGCUUAAGUAUAAAACUUUUAAAAGAUGUUAUAUGCAUUUAAAAAGCAUUGUGGGAGCUACAGACUUGAUUUCUUAUUGGUAUUACCCUUAUUUAAAAGACAAACUGUAAAGGGAAUUAUUCUGGGUUAGAAAAGCCUGGUCUUUUUAAAAUUAACAAAUAGAAGCAAAAGUCCUAAUCAAAUUUUUAAAGAUUUUUUUUUAU